GAAUAAAUGGAGUAGUUCCAUCAAAUUCAAAGUGACUGAAAUCGAACCCUAAAUCUGAUAAACCCUUUGAAUUUAGGGUUUUGCAGAAUCAUUUACUAUGUUUCGAAUCGGAGCUAAGCUCUAUAGAGCUGCGAGAAUUGGUGGCUCCGCCGUGUCCGAUUUCAGGUCACCACCAACAAGAUUUUUCUCCGUUAACAACAAUGUUAAUACUGGUUUCAAGACCAACCCAGUUGCUCUUCAAAUGAUCAAUUAUGCUCUUUCUCUAGCCCGGGCUCAAAAAUCAGAUGAAUCAUAUGCGCAAGCUCAAUUGGUACUUGAGCAGUGCCACUCAACCCAGUCGGAUGAGUGUGCUAAAGGAUUGGUUUUGCUCGCUAUGUCUACCUUAUUUUCUGAAAGAGGGAAUUUUAGUGAAGCCAUUGAGAAGCUCCAGAAAAUUCAAGAUUUGGGCUUGUCAACUUUAGCUGUUAGAGUUGCCGCCUCUGAAGCACUUGCUGGGCUUUAUUUAGAAUCAUAUCAAGAUGAUUUUUCAUCAGCAACUGCAGAUAUGUGCUUGCAACUGCUGGAAACCAUAAGGCUAGAAAUUGGUGGUGGUGGAUCUGACAUAUUGGAAGCUCGUGCAAAAGCAUUGAAAGGGCUGGUUGAGUUGGUCCAUGGUAAUGUUGAAUCAGCUGAGUCAUUCUUUGAAGGAGCUCAAGGUGAUAAAGGUUGCUUUGGCAACGUUGCACUAUCUUUUGGUGAAUUCCUGCAUUGUAAGCGGAAUUCCCAGAUGGCGAGGGAGUUAUAUCAAAGGGCAAUGCAGGAUGUAUCAGAACGUAAAGAUUUUGCCGACUCACAGUCCGUAUCAGCUUGUAACAUGAAUUUGGAGGAGACUUUGUUAGGAGCUACAUGUUCUCUAGGACAGCUCGAGGCUCAUUUGGGGAAUUUUGAUGAUGCUGAGGAAAUAUUAACUGCAGCACUGAAGAAAGCAGAAGAGUGCUUUGGUAAUUAUCAUCCAAAGGUAGGUAUUAUUUUGACCUGCAUAGCUCACAUGUAUCGACAUAAAGCAGCCAUGGAGCGGUCAAGCUCGCUUUUGAUUCAAGAGGGACUCUAUAGAAGAGCAAUCGAAGUGCUCAAAGCUCCACCCUUGGAAGUAGAAGGUGUUGGAGCGACACGGUCUAGAAGGGAUAUUCUUGCCCUUGCAAGAGGGGUCAGCAUGGCUUCCCAGAUUUUUGUGCUUUGGCCAAAGUAAUAGAUGUCACUUGCUUUUCAGUUCCAUGUUUUUAAGAAGGGAUGAAUUGUUUAAAUCGACUCCAGAGGAAAAACAUGUGGAAAUUCAUUCAGAAUUUAGCUGCAGUAAUCAGUGAAAGUUUUGUUUGUACUUGAAGGGUUGAUCUAGAUUUAGCAGUACUAGGUGUGAGGGGGGGCAAAGAAAUAUUGGACAGUUGCAGCUUACUGUGGAUAAAACCUUAUGUAGGAGGUUGUGGAGGACACAAAUUAGGGUAGAAAGAAGGGUAGUAGGUAGUAGUAAAGCGUUGUCUCAAUACUAGUAGUAGUAGUAUUUCUCCUGUAAUUUCUUGUCCUUUGGGUUUUCUUACUGUCUACUGUCUCUUUCUUGUACUUUGAUUAUCAAAGUAGUUAUUGUAGUUACUGUUCUUUUUUUUCUUUUCAGAA